AUGAUUGGAGGUCUUGGUGCAUCGAGAAUACGAGGAUUGUUUAAAGAAGCAAAACAACGUGCACCGUGUAUCAUCUAUAUUGACGAAAUCGAUGCAAUUGGGCGGAAACGGAGCGAAGCUGGAGGGAAAAACGGGUUUGCCGGUUCUUCCGAAGAGGAGCAGACAUUAAACCAACUUCUCGUAGAAAUGGAUGGAAUGGAUUCAGCCAAAGGAGUUGUCGUCUUGGCUUCAACGAAUAGACCUGAUGUUCUUGAUAAGGCUUUAUUGAGAAGAGGUCGUUUUGAUCGCCAUGUCUCCAUUGAUCUCCCUACUGUUGCUGAACGGAAAGAGAUGUUCGAGCUCUAUCUCAAGAAAAUCAAGACCGAUUUCGCCUCGACUAAGUACUCGGAACGACUUGCGCAAAUGACACCUGGAUUUUCUGGAGCCGAUAUUCGAAAUGCUGUCAAUGAGGCAGCAAUUAAGGCCGCCACCGAUAAUUUGUUGCAGGCGACUAUUGAUCAGGAAGCAUCAUUGCUUGUUGGACAAGCGUAUCGAGCAACUGAAGAAGCUUAUUCAGAGAACAUUGACAAACUGGAAUUGGUUCGAUUGCUGAAGUCUACCCUAAAACAUGAGGUUCUUUCGUGUGAAGAUGUGAAGAAGUUGAUUGGAUUUCCGCCGUUCGGAGAAAAACAGGUGGUCGAUCUCGUCGAGAACAGUCUACCGAAAGACGGUGAA